AUGAUGUCAUCGACUUAUAUGGAGACUUUACGUGGCUGGUGUCAAGAAUUGCCAGAAGUUCGAUGGAAAGUAGUUCGAGUUUUUCUCAGUUCAACAUUUUCAGACACGCUAACUGAACGCGAUUCUCUAAUUGAAAAUGUUUUUCCAAAGUUGAAAAUUUAUUGUCGUGAAAAAUAUGGUUUAGAAUUUCAAUACGUUGACAUGCGAUGGGGAAUUCCAACCGAAUCAGCUGACAAUCACAGUGAAGUCGAAACAUGUCUCAAAGAAAUCAAACUAUGUCAAAAAAAUUCUGUGGCUACUAAUUUUGUGGUCCUAUUAGGUCAUCGUUAUGGUUCGCGACCAACACCAGCCACUAUUCGUGCAUCACUUUUCGAACAACUCUAUAAAAUCAUUUAUUUCGAUAUGAAUGAAAACGAAGAUGCUCAAUUGCUUUCUCAGUGGUAUCAACUCGAUACAAAUCAGAUACCCGCCGCUUAUAUACUGCGUCCGAUCUCGUCAAUUUUACCUAAAAUUCUAUCUACCGAUAGAAAUGAAGUAAAACAAGCAGAAAAGGAUUUGAAAAAGAUCAAUAAUCGCAUUCGAACAAAAUUACGACAAGCAGCUACAAAAUGUUUAGAACAACAACAAAUUCAAGAAAAUGAAUAUGAUGACUUUUUUGUAUCAGUAACAGAAAAAGAAAUUAUCAAUGGUAUUUUAUCGGUACCAAAUGCCAAUGAACGAACAUUAUGUUUCAUGCGUGAAAUCGACGAUAUUCAUGAACAUUUAUCGGAUAGCAAAGCGUCGAAAUAUAUUGAAUUACAAUAUUCAAAUGAUGGUACACCAAUAGUUGACGAUGAAGUUGAAAAGUUACUCAAUCGUUUAAAAUAUACACGUAUUCCGAGUGUAUUACAAUCCGAAAAUAUUUACAAAUAUAAAAUUCACUGGUCAUCGAAAGGUAUUAAUCGAAAUGAUCAUAGUGAACAUAUAUUACAAUUUAAUAACGAUUUUUACAAUGCAAUUAAACAACAAAUUGAUCAAUGUGUUCAAUCGCGUAUUAUGCCUAUCUCUGAUCCGUUAUAUCAUGAAGUACUGGAACAUGCCAUACAAUGUAAAACAUAUGUCGCGAAAUUUCAUGGACGAACAGAUAUUUUAAAUAAGUUAAAAGAAUAUAUUAAUGACGAGAAUGAAAAUCGUCCGUGUGUUGUCUAUGGAGAUUCAGGUUGUGGAAAAACAAGUUUGUUAGCCAAAGCUGCUAUGGAAAUAUCAAAUUGGUGGCCAAAUCGAUCUGUUUCGAUUAUUUUACGAUUUCUAGGAACGACCCCAUCGUCAUCAACAACGUUAAAAACUCUUCUAUCAGUAUCCGAACAGAUUUGUCGAUUAUAUAACAUAUCAAUGGAAAACUAUUCGAAUGUCUCACAAUUACGAUAUCAAUUAGAAAAGGAUAUAUUAGAAAAAAUCCCUCCCAAUGAAUAUCUUGUUAUCUUAUUUGAUUCAAUCGAUCAAUUAUCAUCAGAUGCACAUAAUUGUAAAUGGAUUCCAAUAAAUUAUCCAAAGAAUGUCAAAUGUAUUAUAUCAAUAUUAUCUGAUCAUGGAAAUGUUCUAUCAAAUUUAAAAAUGAUUAUGAAACAGAAUUCAAAUUUAUUUUUGUUUGCUUCGCCUUUUGAUGCAGCAACUGUUGAAUUUCUUUAUAAUGAUUGGCUUCAAAUGAAACAACAUUCGUUAAGUAAUGAACAUCAUUCGUUUAUUUUGAAUUUACUACAUAGUCGAACAGAAAUUCUUCCUCUGUUUAUGAAACUUAUCUUUGAUAUUGCUCUAACUUGGCAUUCGUACGACAUAAUUGAUGAGAAUUUGAAACAUUUGCAAACCAUCGAUGAUUGUAUUCUUUACCUUUUCAAUCGUUUAAAACGGAUUCAUGGAGAUUUAUUAGUUUCUCGUUCAUUAUGUUAUUUGACAGCGUUGAAAAAUGGAAUUAGUCAGAACGAACUGGAAGAUGUUCUUUCAUUAGAUGACGAAGUGCUGAGAAAUGUUUUUCAGCAUUAUAUACCACCUGUUAAACGUUUACCUGGCAUAUUGUGGACGAGAAUUCGAAAUGAUUUAGAUGAAUAUAUAACUGAAAAAGAAAUGGAUGAUGUAUCGGUCAUUUAUUGAUUUAUCGAAGUAGCAGAGAAAGAGUACGUAUCAACGUUGACUGCGAAACAGAAAACCGAUAUUUUUCUCAAUAUGAUUGAUUUGUAUAACGAAACAUGGAGUGGUAAAGUGAAGCCACUAAAAAUCAAUAACGAAAAUUUGAUUAAAAAGUAUAAUCUCACUGAUGUCAAUGGAGAAGUUCAAGCAAAUCGUUUAAUAAGUUCUCAGCCAAUUGAAUUCGUCGACAGAAAUGGUCAAACUCAAUUUAACAAACGAAAACUAAAGGGAUUACCCCAUUUCUUAAGUAAAAUCAGUCCUGAUGUAUCAAUUCCAAUAGCAGCAGAACGAAUUUUCUUCGACUAUUCAUUUAUGCGUGCAAAAAUGAUCUGUUCAUCCUUUGAUGACGUCAAUGAAGAUUUUGACGGCAUUCUAAACGUAUCAACGUAUGGACUUCGAAAAGAAAUCAGAGCAAUCCAAGAGGAGAUUUCCAUACAUUCGAUGGUCUAUUUGAUAACUGGAAGUUUACUUGAGAAAUAUCCGGAUAAUUAUGGUUUUGAAAUGUCCUCGCGACUUCUUCGUUUAUUUGGAAUAAAACCUUUAUCGGAUAAGAUUGUUGUUUUUGAUAUGAAGGAGAGUAAAACUACUGCUGAUAUAAAUCUACCGAGAUUAAAUCAAUCGUAUUUAAAUUGUACAAUGUUUAAAAAUCCGAAUUUCAUCGGUGAAAAUGUCAAAAAUAUGUUAUUUCUCGUUUAUUCACUGAAUAAAAUUUAUUUAACCAAUUCAAAUGAAGAUAUUAUAUUCAAUAAAUCAUCUCCAUUUGGAUAUUUAUCUGUGGAAAUUUCCCAUACGAAUCCAAUUCUUUGUAUCUUUGCAGAAAUUAACAGGAAUUCACUUGAAUGUUGA